AUGCCGCUCAAGGCGCCCGAAGCAUAUGAGCUCGAUCGCUCCGACAACAGCCCAUUCCUCGACCCCGACGAAGACGAAGGCUCCGACGUCUCCGACAUUGACGAGUUUGACCCCCUCAAAAACUCCCGCCGACGCUACACGGAUGAUGCAUCACAACCACUGCGCAGCAUCUUCGAUAGCGAGAAGAAUGUGUCGUUUGUGCAGCAGCCGUUGGUUUGGUUGGACGAUCGGCGGAGACGGGGUAGUUGGCAGCGGUGGUUGAUUCCGAGCCGGUUUUGCUGCUUGUUGGGAGUGUUGUUUGUGACUACGCUUUUGUUGCUGCUGAGUGCGGGUGGGCUUUGGGUCUAUAGGAUUGGCGGCGUGCCUGAUGAUGGGGAGUCCGAGGCGUGGUAUCCCAGUCCGAAUGGCGGGACGGUCGAUGCGUGGAGGGAUGGUUAUGUCAAGGCCGCGGAGAUGGUGGGGCGGAUGACGUUGAUUGAAAAGGUCAAUGUUACGACGGGAACGGGAUGGUCGAUGGGAAUGUGCGUGGGUAAUACGGCUCCUGUCAAUCGGGUGGGUUUCCCGAGUUUGUGCCUACAGGAUGGACCUCUUGGCUUGCGGUUCGUGGAUAAUGCUACGGCUUGGCCGGCGGGGAUCACGGUCGGAGCUACGUGGAACAAGGAAUUGAUGUAUCAACGUGGUCRAGCGCAUGGGUUUGAGGCGAAGAUGAAGGGCAUCAAUGUCAUUUUGGGUCCGUCCAUGGGAGGGUUGGGAAGACUGCCUGCUGGUGGGCGGAACUGGGAGGGCUUUGGCGCUGAUCCUGUCCUUCAAGCUGUUGGAGCUUCACAAACCAUUCGCGGAAUCCAAGAUACGGGUGUUAUCGCCACUGCAAAACACUUUGUUGGCAACGAGCAAGAACACUUUCGCCAGGCAAGAGAAUGGGGCAUUCCAAACGCGAUAUCGUCGAAUAUCGAUGACAGGACYCUACACGAGGUCUACGCCUGGCCAUUUGCAGAGUCAAUUCGCGCUGGAGUCGCGAGUGUCAUGUGUUCAUACAACCAGGUCAACAACAGUUAUGCCUGCCAGAACAGCAAGCUCAUGAACGGGAUGCUAAAGGAUGAGCUCGGCUUCCAAGGAUUUAUUCAGAGCGACUGGCUGGCUCAGCGAUCUGGUGUUGCUUCUGCUAUUGCCGGUCUGGACAUGUCGAUGCCAGGCGAUGGUCUCGGAUGGCAGGACGGCGAUUCCCUCUGGGGUGGCCAACUUACCAAGUCUGUGUUGAACGGCUCCGUGCCGAUGGAGCGACUGAAUGACAUGGUUUUGAGAGUCGUGGCUGCAUGGUACCAGCUCGGGCAAGAUGAUGCGACUCACUGGCCCAAUGGCACUUCGAGCAGCUCCGCAACAUUCAGCAGCUGGACUGAUGACAAAGUCGGCAAAAUCUUCCAGGGCGCAUCGAACAGCAACGACACCGCCGUUGUAAAUCAGUUCGUUGAGGUUCGUAACACGACAGAAGGCGGAGACCACGACAUAUUGGCUCGUAAGAUUGCAGCCGAAGGUAUUGUAAUGGUCAAGAACGAUGACAAUGUUCUGCCGCUUGCUCGGAAUGGAUCUGGCGUUCACUCCACACGAUAUGGAAAGUCUCUGGGUGACAAGGUCAAAGUCGCCAUCUUUGGCGAAGAUGCUUUUGCGAACCCACGCGGCCCCAACGCUUGUGUCGACCGUGGUUGCAAUGAGUAUACAUUGGCGGUAGGCUGGGGCUCAGGUGCUUCCGAUUUCCCACAUCUCAUCGCCCCCUUCGACGCUCUCAACGCCACUUUCAAUCACAGCAGCUGGGAUGUCACACCUUUCAAUCAUCAGGGAGCCAAGCAUGCAGGCGAGCUUGCCGAAGAGCAGGACCUAUGCAUUGUAUUCAUSAAUUCUGAUGCAGGUGAAGGUUUCUUGAGUUGGGGUCAUCUCCGGGGAGACCGCAAUGAUCUAUAUUCCCAGAAGCAGGGCGAUACGCUUGUGGUCGAGGUAGCGAACAGGUGCGGAAAUUCGCACAAUACGCACGGGUCUGCUGCCAAUACGAUCGUCGUCUUCCACACCGUCGGUCCGGUGGUGGUCGAAAAGUGGAUUGAUAUGCCGGGAAUCAAGAGUGUACUCAUUGCCCAUCUUCCAGGGCAGGAGUCAGGAUAUGCACUCGCAGAUGUUAUGUUCGGCGAUGUCAAUCCAUCUGGCAAGCUUCCUUAUACGAUUGUAAAGGAUGAGGAUGACUUUGGACCGGACAGUAAGAUUUUGACCUUCCCACACCAGCUCGUUCCGCAGCAAAACUUCACCGAAGGUCUUUAUAUCGACUACCGAUAUCUCGAUAAGCAUAACAUCACCCCUCGAUAUGCAUUCGGUCAUGGGUUGAGCUACACAAAUUUCCAAUUAUCGUCUGUUGUGGCUCAAAGUCUGGACAUUCAAGGCGAACUCCCAGCUCCCCGACCAGAGCCGUCCGCAAAAUCACCGACACUCGACACGACGAUCCCUGACGCGGCAUCUGCAGUCUGGCCUGAAGGUUUCAAGAAGUUGAAGAAGUUCAUCUAUCCUUACAUUGACUCGGCUUCUGAUGGCAAACCCAAAGGCCCACCCCAACUUCCCUACGAUCCCGCAAAUCCCCACGCCCUUUCCCCAGCCGGUGGCGCUCAGGGCGGUAAUCCAGAUCUUUACACCCCCGCCGUGGCCGUCAAAGCCUCUCUCUCGAAUGUGGGAAGCUUGACGGGUAAAGCAGUGGUGCAAUUGUACCUGAGUUACCCACCGGAAGUCAAGGAUGCGGAUGGUGAGAUUGUCGACAUGCCAAUCAAGGUCCUUCGCGGGUUUGAAAAGUAUGAAGUCGAAGUCGGACAGGAUCAAAUCCUGGACUUUGAACUGACGAGGAAGGAUUUGAGUUAUUGGGAUGUGAAGCGACAGAACUGGGUGCUGCCAAAGGGAGAAUUCACUGUUGCAUUGGGCUUCAGCUCGGCGGAAAUGGCUGGCCAGGCGACGGUUACGGUGUUGUAG